GGAGGGGUUGGUUGUAGGAGCGAGCUUCCAUUGGUUGCAUGCUUUUGCCGUGGUGCAGGGGUAACUCUAAUCAUAUUCAGCAUGUUUUGCACAAGAAAUGUCAGCCAGAAAGGAAUAUCUGCUCUCCUCGCCAAAUUAUUCCACAACAAUGUCAUGCUCGGAGAGUGCAGCAGCAAACUCUUUCCUUGUGGACUCUCUGAUCAGUGGAGGUGGCAGAGGGGAAUCUGGGGCUUAUUACCAAGCCAGUGGGGUCUACCUGCCCCAAGCCUCCGAGGUGUCCUAUGGACUGCAGAGCUGUGGACUUUUUCCAGUUUUGAGCAAACGCAAUGAAGGUCUCCCCCAGAGUAACACAGCCCCAGCCACUCAGAGCUAUGCUCCGGGGAUGGAGGUCUGGCUGGAGAACCCAAGGUCCUGCAGAGUGGACCCAUCUGAGAGUCCAGCAGAUAACUCCUGCUCCUUCACACAGAGUAUUAAGGAGGAAAGCUCCUACUGCUUGUAUGACUCAGACAAAUGCUCCAAGACUCCUUCUGCAACUGACCUGUCCACUUUCCCAAGGGUUAACAGUGAGUCCAGCCCUGGACACAGUAUCAGCUCUGUCCCAGUACCUGGCUACUUCCGCCUAUCCCAGGCAUAUGGUACCUCCAAGGCUUAUGGACCUGUUCAGAUUGGGGCUCCCCAGUUUACACAACAGUCCCAAAAUCGUUUUGACUCUCCUCUGUCCUCAGUUCCAGCCCACCCUGCACGAAAAGACAGCGAGCCAUCGCCCAACAGCAACAAACUGGCCCCUGGAUCCCACCAGAGGGAGGAGGACACAUCUUCUGGAGCUGAGGAGUCAUCACCAGCCCCUUCAGACAGCAGCAAACACUCUCCUGAGAAGGAUUCUGUAGGAAACGCGAAAAGUGAAAACGCUGCGAAUUGGUUGACUGCAAAAAGCGGUAGGAAGAAACGUUGUCCUUACACCAAGCACCAAACUCUGGAGCUGGAGAAGGAAUUUCUGUUCAAUAUGUACCUGACUCGCGAGCGGCGCCUAGAGAUCAGCCGCAGUGUACACCUCUCAGACAGACAAGUGAAAAUCUGGUUCCAGAACCGCAGGAUGAAACUCAAGAAAAUGAAUCGAGAAAACCGAAUUAGGGAGCUCACAGCCAAUUUCAACUUCUCUUGAUGACCCUGUAACAUCUUUCAGUCCUGUAUGAAAGAGCCAGUAACCUUCCACAAAUGGUUUAAUUUAUCCUAACCUAUAUGGAUGGACACUUCUGUACUUUAUCAGUAUGCCCAAAUUGCCACCCAGUCUUUCUCAUCUGGGUUUUAAAGCCAUAGUUGCACACAUUUGUUAAGAACGAUUCAUUCAAAUAUAUUUUUUUUUUAUUAAUUGUUUUUCUUCUUUCUUAGACUAAGAAUAAUGUUAUGAAAUCCAG